AUGCAGCAUCCAACAGCGAGUCAGGAUCUGGAGGUGGAGGUGGAGGAGGAGUAUCACUGGGACUCAUCGUUGGCAUUUGCGUUGCUUCCGUGUACAUGCAAGCAAGCUCCUGUUUCGCUGCUGGUGGUUGCUGGCAAAAUGAACUGGUACCAACGGCAUCUUCUUCCUUUCCUGCCCCUUGACUUGACCCCACCCACCCGACGACGAGCAGCCCUGGGGACCAGCCUGGCAGCGGCGCACUGCACGGAGUUCGCCCUGGACGAGGUGCUCAAGGCCACCAACGACUGGUCCGACGACAACCUGCUUGGCUCGGGUGCCUUUGAAGCACCAUCCCCUCUGAGUCUGAAGCAGCGGCUGGACAUUCUCAUCGGCAUUGCACGUGGCUAUGAGUACCUCCACAGCUUUGACAUUGUGCAUCGCGACAUCAAGCCCGCCAAUGUUCUCAUCACCUCUGACAUGCAGCCCAAGAUUGCAGACUUUGGGCUGGUGAGGGUGGGAGAGGGCACGACAGUGGGCACGACGCAAAUCAUGGGAACACCGGGCUAUGUGGAUCCGGUUUACUCCCGGACGUCCAAGGCCACCACAACCAGCGAUGUCUACAGCUUUGGUGUGCUCAUGCUUGUGGUGCUCACUGGACGCCCUCCGCUCGCCGAGGAUGCCGGGGAGACCAAGCAGAUCACCCCGUGGGCAUCGGAGUGUCUGUCCUCGGGUGACAUUGCGAGCCUCAAGCCCCCCACCAUGGACGCCCCCGAAGAUGCUGUUCUGCAGGUGGCUCAGCUGGCAGUGAGCUGCACCAUGGAGCGCACUGCAGGCCGCCCAAGCAUGGGGGAAGUUGCCACCCAGCUGCAGGCAGUCAGGGAGGAGGUGGCGGGAAAAGAUGGGCACAGCGCUGCCAUUAAGGUGGAUGCUGAGGUCUAG